CUAAUUAAAAUUCUAAAAAAUGGAUCUCUUCUGCUAUGCUUCUCUCGUAUCUCUACUCUUUGUUAUUGGUGUUUCAUUCUCAUUAUAUUUCAUGUUUUACUACAACUAUAAACCAACUAUCAAAGGGAAACUCCCACCCGGUCGAAAAGGGUGGCCCGUGAUUGGAGAAAGUAUCGAGUUUCUUUCCACAGGCUGGAAAGGCCACCCUGAAAAGUUCAUCUUCGACCGCAUGGCUAAAUUCUCACCUCUGGUCUUUAGGACUUGUCUAAUGUUAGAAGACACUGCAGUGUUUUGCGGUUCGUCUGGUAACAAGUUCUUGUUCAGUAAUGAGAACAAACUUGUCCAAGCAUGGUGGCCUUCUUCUAUAGACAAGAUUUUCCCUUCAAACCAAACAUCCAAAAUAGAAGCAAUUAAGAUGAGAAAAAUGCUUCCUAACUUCUUCAAGCCCGAAGCCUUACACCGAUACGUUCCGAUUAUGGACAUGAUCACACAAAAACACUUCACCAACGAGUGGGAAGGCAAGGACAAAAUUGUAACCUAUGAACUUACCAAGAACUUUACUUUUUGGCUUGCAUGCAAGAUCUUUGUCAGUAUUGACGACCCCGAAAGGGUCAAGUACUUAUCUAUUCCAUUUGAGAGCAUCGCUUCAGGGGUGCUCUCAAUCCCUAUAGACCUCCCCGGAACACCGUUCCGGAGAGGGAUAAAUGCUGCUAACUUCAUCAGAAAAGAACUCAUUGGAAUUAUAAAACAAAGAAAAAUUGAUUUGGGAAGCGGGAAAGCAUCACCUACACAAGAUAUACUAUCACACAUGCUUUUCUAUAGAUCAGAUGAAGAUGGAAAGUUCAUGGAAGAAUAUGAUAUUGCAGACAAGAUCCUUGGAUUAUUGAUCGGUGGUCAUGACACUGCAAGCUCUGCGUGCGCUUUUAUUGUCAAGUAUUUGGCCGAGUUACCCGAAGUUUACGACAAAGUCUACAAAGAACAAACAGAAAUCGCGAAAUCUAAAGUACCGGGAGAAUUGCUAAAUUGGGAGGAUUUAUCGAAGAUGAAGUAUUCUUGGAAUGUAGCAAGUGAAGUUCUUAGAUUAGCCCCACCACUUCAAGGUACUUUCAGAGAAGUCAUUACCGAUUUCAUGUACCAUGGAUAUUCCAUUCCAAAGGGUUGGAAGUUGUAUUGGAGUGCACAUUCGACUCAUAAAAAUCCAGAGUUUUUUCCCGAACCUCAAAAGUUUGAUCCGUCGAGAUUUGAUGGCAAUGGACCAGCACCAUAUACAUUUGUACCAUUUGGAGGAGGGCCUCGUAUGUGCCCCGGAAAAGAGUAUGCACGGUUAGAAAUACUAGUGUUCAUGCAUCAUCUCAUAAGAAAGUUCAAGUGGGAGAAAUUGAUUCCAAACGAGCCAAUUGUAGUCAACCCAAUGCCUAGCCCUGCCAAGGGGCUUCCAAUUCGGCUAUAUCCUCAUAACGCCCAAAGUUGAUCGAUAUCUAGACAUCAAAUGGUAUUAAUGCGCGCGCUUUUAGCUUCAAAUACGUGAUGAUUGACGAAGCCGUGUUGAUUUCAAUGUAUAAAAAACUACUCCCGUCUCAAAAACUUGUCCAUUUUUAUC